GCCAGUGCUACUGGGUACAAGCACCUGCUAGUCACGCACAGCCCUGGACCCAUCUCCACCGGGACGGAGGUUGCUAUGGACGGGCCACCCGUUUGACCUAUGUUGGUUCGAUUCUGCCUGCGGGUGCCUAGGUCGAACCGACACUCUGGGCGACUCCCCAUGACGGGUCCAUUCGGAGUGCGCGGGUUUGUUUUCCCCUCACAAGCCCUACAUUGCUGCUUCAUUCUGGUCGUGCAGGCCAGGGCACCUCAAUUGCAGGGUAUCGUCUGCCCCGGUGUAUCGCCCGCAGCGCCUGUACAACUCAUCAACAUUGUCCAAGGGGGUGAAAUUCGUUCCACGCGUCUGCCCUCGAGACUGGUAGCAAUCGCAUAUAAGCAGAGAAUCGAUGUCCACGGCUGCUUCUUCUUCCAUUUCAUUGUCUGCACAACUAAAUACCUAUCAAUAUCAAUCCUCUUCAAAGGGCCCCAUCACAUCGCAUAUCUUGUACAGUCCACAGAUAUACAUCGAUCCCUCAUCUUCCAAGGAACCUCUCCACUCCAAAUAACCACUGCGCCGGCCCAUCACUCCCCACACCGUCCCGUCCGCCUCUAUCACCUUUAGCUAGCCUCAACCUUAGAGAUCCUACUCUAUCCCAUUCAGCCUAUCAGCGAUGUCCUACCACAUCCACAAGACCAGUGCCACCUCCUCCAUCAUCUCCAUCAUUGCUAGUGCCGUCUCCAUGGCCGGCUGG